CAAUCGGGAAGCGUAGAAUCGUGAUUACUAGCUACAGUCAGUAGACAGUUAGCUUGCACACGAAGCAGAUUCACAUCCCGAUGUCGGUCGAUCAGCAAUUUGAAGAGGCUGCAGAAGCUGUAAAGGCGCUUACAAAACGUCCUACUGACGAGGAGCUUUUGGAGCUUUAUGCUUUAUUUAAACAAGCUACAGUUGGCGACAAUAACACAUCCAAACCCGGUAUGCUGGAUUUGAAAGGGAAAGCCAAAUGGGAAGCCUGGAAUAAGAAGAAGGGCACUUCGCAAGAAGUAGCGAAGCAAGCCUACAUCGAUUAUGCCAAUCAACAGAUUGAAAAAUAUAAAUAAUUUUAUCUACCAUCGCUGGUAGUUGCAUUCCUGUUGUAGUCAUGUGAAAAAAUCAAAAGAAAUA